AUCUCAUAAGAGAAGUAACUCUAUGCUCCCUGCUGAUCACGCAGACCCAGGAUCGGACCCACUUGUCCCACUUGCAUCCAUGGCUCCAAGUGGGAGAAAAAUAUCCGGAACAGGCCAUACUGAAGGCAGCCUACGAGAGGAUCUACCUUGCAUAUCUCUGUUGAUUUUUCUCUACGUCUUACAGGGGAUUCCUCUCGGAUUGUCUGGGAGUGUACCGAUGCUGUUGCAGAGCAGAAAGGUGAGCUACACAGAUCAAGCAGUGUUUAGCCUCGUCUUCUGGCCCUUCAGCGUCAAACUGCUGUGGGCACCGCUGGUGGAUUCCAUCUACGUGAGGUGGUUUGGCCGUCGCAAAACCUGGCUUAUCCCUGUACAGUAUCUCAUGGGCCUGUUCAUGCUGAUUCUGUCAACACAAAUCACAUCGCUUCUGGGCAGCGGCGCCAACACAGCCCAGUCUAGUGAUGUCAGUAUUGUGGGCCUGACUGCGAUCUUCCUCUUGUUGAACUUUCUGGCAGCUACGCAGGACAUUGCGGUGGAUGGCUGGGCCCUAACUAUGUUGUCAAGAGCAAACAUUGGAUGGGCCAGUACAUGUAACUCGGUGGGACAGACCGCAGGCUACUUCCUGGGAAAUGUUUUGUUUCUAGCUCUGGAGUCGCCAGAUUUCUGCAACAGCUAUUUACGAAGUGUGCCUCAGCCGUAUGGCAUUAUAACAUUUUCAGGUUUCUUGUCGUUCUGGGGUAUCGUGUUCUUCAUCACUACAACUCUGGUUGCCAUCUUCAAACAAGAACACAUUGACCUGGAGGUCGACCCCGAGCAGAGCAUCAUGGAUACCUACAGAAUUCUUCUGAGUGUCAUCUGUCUGCCGUCAGUCGUGUCGUACUUAAUUAUUCUCCUCACAUCCAAGGUGGCGUUUGCAGCCAGUGAUGCCCUGACCGGACUGAAACUGAUUGAGGCAGGAAUGCCUAAGGAGCAGCUGGCCCUGUACACUGUGCCCAUGGUGCCCCUUCAGGUGAUCCUUCCGGUGCUAAUCAGCAGGUACACCUCUGGCCCCAGGCCUCUAGAGAUCUGGCUCAAGGCCUACCCGUUCAGAUUACUUGUGGGUGUUCUGUAUUGCCUGAUUGUCUACUGGGCCGACCUGGCACAGACCAGCCCUGGCCACUUCCCCUGGUAUUUCUACGCAGUAACGCUCUCAUUCUACGCAUUCCAUCAGGUGACUGUCUACAGCAUGUUUGUUGCAUGCAUGGCCUUUCAUGCUAGAGUCAGUGACCCGUCCAUUGGAGGCACCUACAUGACGCUGCUCAACACCUGUGCCAACUUAGGUGGUACCUGGCCAAGCACUCUGACUCUGUGGGUUGUCGAUUACCUGACGUGGAAAAGUUGUUCAACUGGGGGAGACUGCAGUAACAGUGACCAGGAAAAGACGUGUUCUGCUAGUGGUGGCACCUGCUAUACAUAUAUUGAUGGAUACUACCUGUUGACCUUGGUUUGCUCAAUUGUUGGUGUCCUAUGGCUGAGGUCAAGGUCAAGUCAAGUUCGAAGGUUGGGGGAACUCAGCGAGAAGUCUUGGAAAUACAAGAACCAGAAUAUAUGUGUGUGA